AUGAAAGUAGGUGAAACAUGGACCUCUCGCGGCCUCACGGUCUUUUCUAACGCGCUUUUGUUGUUCUUAGUACUUACAUCUCCCGAGUACGGUGUCGCUACGAUAUGGCUAGUUGCGACGCUGGGCUCCAGGUCCGUCACCAAACGUCUGAACAGAAAGACUAUACUGGACGUAGAUGUUCCCAAGGCGUGCGGUGCCAUCAUGGAUCCGGGGGCACCUAUGGCAUUGAGACUCCAAGGAAAUCUUCUCUACGGGGUCUCGAGGGUCUACAGCCAUCAAUGCGGGUAUACGCUCACGGAUGUCCAAGCGAUGCACGACAAAAUGAAAACCAUGCUGAAGGUUUUACCGGGCGGUGGUCUAGAUCCAUCUGCUGGCAAGGCUAGGCCCGAGCAGCUCGUCCUGCCUUACGAUCCCUCUUUUCUGCCCGAUAGCCUACCUGGUAUUCUUCUGGACUGCACCAGCUUCGAUGCUUUCCCUGUGCCUGAUCGGAGUGCGCCAAGCUAUCUCAACUGGCCGAAGACGCCCGAUCUCAGUCAGUCUGUCGUCUCACAAGAUACGAUUCUUCAAUUGAGCCUUUCGUCCGAUGACACUUAUGCAGGGGGCUUGGGGGAAAUCGCCUCGACUAUUGAUGUUGCUGCUUAUGGUCCGGGAAGCAUGGCUUCGGAGAGAAUCAGGCCUCUUCCGCUCGACGAUGAGGCAGGCGUGAUUCUCCAGGCCGACUUUGAAUUCGACGAAGACGGCAACAUUGUUGAGCUCGGGGGGACUCCGCAGGUUGAUUCGAGACCUCGGCGUAUAGGUGAAAGACCCGCGCAAAGCGCACAAAUAACUCGCCACCUUCCAGCCAGACCUACCCCAUUUCCAGGUAGAGGAGGAGGCGAAGAAGUCCAUCCAGAGGAAGCGAUUGAAGUGUCGGUGGCCCAGAAACAAAGAGCUCUGAAGCUGAUACGGCCAGAUGAUCAGAUCGCGCUGAAAAACAGCGAGCUCGGUCAUCUGAACCAGAACUAUGUUAGCCUGAUGGCCAUAGCCUUGAAACAGAAGCAAAAGAACAAGGUUCCUACAUCAUCGAAGAAGAACGCUGCCUUCUGGGUUUAUGGUCAGGGUAUUGGAUCUGUUGGCGUCGGAAUAGGCAAGUCUCGUGUCAUGCAUCCAUUGCACAUGUUUUCAGGGGAUGAAUUAUAUGUGUCUCUUACAGCUCCUGCUGCUAUUCUGAGUCCUAAGCGUGCCCAUGAUGCCUUAGAAGAUGAGGUUCAGGAGCACAUUGGGAGACGUGUUCGAGCAAGGAACGACGGCGGACCGACUGAUCAGAUGGAUAUUUCUCACGAUGACGGUCUCUGGAAUGAGGAUGUCGAGAUUGGCCGUCACGCGGCGCCUGCACUUCAUGAUGACAGUUUCCUCCAAAUGCCUUGGAACAUCACAGCUUCCAUACAUAGUUCUCGACAGGGAUCCAUUGUUCGCGGCAUUCUCCCCGGCAUCGGAAGUGUCAGCGACUUCUCGUCUCAUGGCUUUUCUGACACAGGUCUCAUGAGACCGCGUAACCGCCUGACGAGCUCGAGUCCUCUUGCUGGUCACGGCUUUCCAUUUGACCUUGAUGCACCUGACAAUCUACAUAUCCCUGGCCAUGAACUGGAUGAUGUGAAUAUAUUCGAUGACUUCGAUAUCUCUCAAUACCUGCACCCGGAGAUGGACCAGGAGCAUGGCGAAACCCAUGGUGACAACAUCGCUGCCGAAACUGGAUUUCCUUCUGCGAGCCUUCGAACCCAUGAAGACGAGUCGCAACGGUCCACUCUUGAUCAGGAAAGCCUGAACUUCCUGGAUUAUCUCGCCGCGAGACUCGAAGCAUUGUCGUCUUAUACCAAUGAGGAAUCCGGACAGGAGCAUGGUGGCACGAACAAGACGAUGCAAUUCUCAUCGUUGCUUCCUCCGGCCAAAACAUCCCGCAUUGUGGCUACCCAAGGUCUGAUGCACAUCCUCGCCCUGGCUACUAAGGGCCUUCUCACAGUUUGUCAAGACGAGGCACAGUACACAGGUGGUGAAGAGUAUGGUGCACUUUACCUAUACGGCGAAAUCUACCUCAGUUUGCCAGGAAUCUGAGUACAUGGCUUUGAUGCAAGCCCUGCGCACAACUUGCAUGACUGAUUCGUUUCGGUCCCAGAAGGGAAAAUGCGACAAAUCUGUCUCUCUUUCUUAUUAGACUGCCUUUGUUUUUCUU